AUAAAAGUUUGGCGACAGGAUUUACAACAUAGACACUGAAACUCCUUACCUUUUCAGGCGGAUUGGGUAUUGUCUUAGCUGAGAUGAGACUAUUUAUCGUUUCACAUUUCCUGAUCUAUCUUUCUGUGAUCCAAUACUCAGACUGUGGAAGUGUCACAUGGUAUGAACCUCUACCGGUUAAGACAGUAUCGAGUGCAGGCGAUGACCCAACUCCAGCAAAGGUAAAGCUUUUUGAAGGAUAUCCUGCAUCUCUAAGCUGGAACUUCAGUUUGACGUCAGUGACUCUUUUUGCGGUGAAUGUAAAGUUUAACGCUGAAAGUCUCGCAUUAAGUGGACCGGGAGGAUCAGGUGCAAAGGUGGCGCCUGCCUUUGAGGAUAAGUUCAAUUUCACUUGGAUUUCCCAACGACUCACUUUGGUUAUCUUCAGUGUGACUGCUGCAUAUGAUGAAAGUAACGGGGAAUUUAGCUGUGAGUUGCUUACUGUGGAAGGAGCGUGGAUUCGUAAGAUUCAAGUGAAAAUUGUUGGUAAGCGUUAAUUACUCUAACUGGAAAUUUAUCAU